UCUAUCAUUCAAGGAGAGCAUGUGCUUUGUGCAAACAUGUGAGCCGAGAACCUGAUCUAACUUUGAGUAAAGAAGUUCAACAGCAGCUCCUGCCUUCUGCUUGUGGGCUCCUUUAUUUUUUUUUUUUCCCCUUUCCCUUCCCAGAAUCUGCGCAGCGAGAAGCAGCUCUCACCAGCGAUCAGCCCUCGCUCUGCCUCCCACCCUGCCUCCCUCCCUCCUUGCCAAGACUGUAUCGUCUGGAUCCCGAAAGCCGGGCUCCUUAUUCGAUCUCUCCCUGGGAAAAUGGAUUCCAGGGUGCUGUCAGAGAUGCAUUUCUGUAAAAAGAUCUUCACUGCAGCCUUGUGUGUCUUAGUUUUGCUGCUCGAUACGGGCUGUGCAAGGAAUCUCUGGAAGCGUGCUCUACAUCUGAAAAUGACAGAGAAAUAUGAUGAUUAUGAGUACCCUCUUCAUUCUCACAGUUCCCACUACCAGAAGAACGACCGCUGCCCCCCACCACCCCAGACUUUGCCUGACCGAGCCUGUGAGGUGCCCAGCUGCCGCUCGGAUUCGGAGUGUGAAAGACACAAGCGCUGCUGCUACAAUGGGUGCAUCUACGCCUGUCUGGAGUCUGUACAGCCACCACCAGUUUUAGACUGGUUGGUUCAGCCCAAACCCCGCUGGCUGGGAGGAAAUGGGUGGCUUUUGGAUGGCCCAGAGGAAGUCUUACAAGCUGAGGCCUGCAGUACCACGGAGGAUGGAGAUGAGCCGCUGCAUUGCCCCACAGGCUAUGAAUGCCAUAUCAUCAACCCGGGCAACACGGCUGAAGGAAUUCCUAACAGGGGCCAGUGCAUCAAGCUCCGUGGAAAUCCAGAUGGACGCAACCUGAGGCAUAAGUAUUACAAGGAAUAUUUUGGGAGCAAUUCCAACAAUGUGGUUGGCUAUGUGAAAAACCAGCAGAAGAUUUAGGCUAAUCAAAGUGUGCCUGGCUGGACCACUCUGUUAAGCAGCUGUCAAGGAACGCUUUACCCAACAGUUUUCUGUUUUGGAAGAACGCUGAUCCCAAAUCUCCAUGAGCACAUUUCCAGCAUUACCCCGAUCCCUGCCCAUCAGUGAUAAAAAGACUUCACUAUUCAAGGAACGGGAUGAGUCUAGAUCUUAAGCCUAACAGGAGGGGGAGAAAUGUGAUCCCCUGAAAGAAACCACACCGUUUAUGAGCUGCCCUUCUAGAAAUGAAAUGCAAAUACCUCCCAGCCGAUCCCUAUAAGCCACAGUGCCAUUAUCAGGCUGCUGGAACAGAGCCUGCCCUUUAUGUGCGUAUUAUGUGACGGAUUCAGAUUUAACGACCAUGAACAUAACACAGUAUUAUAAAAAUGAAGUGACGUCAGAAUUGUACCUAAUUAUCCUAUCUAAGUUACAUUAAAAUAGGCAAGACUGUAAGACUAAAGGGGCUCUCUGGAUCAAAUCCAAUGCCUGUCUAUCUCGAACAACUACUUUAAAUAAGCCUUUUCAUAAGCUUAAAGUUUGAAGAAACCUGCAGGUUUUCUUCUUUUCCUAUUUAUACCUAGGGUUCACCAGGUUUGACACCCAGUUUACAAGCCUAAACCUGAAGUCUUAAGAAUUUGAGGCACUCUAAGCUAGAAGCAAAACCGGUUUUAUAUGUUUUCUUUUUAAGUUGCUUUCCUUUAGCUUCUCAGUCUGGUAAGCUGCAAAUUGAGGGCUAAUGAUGGAAUAGAUUUCUUUCUACAAUAUCUAAGCAGACACACUUGUGUGCCAGUCUUUUUAAGUUGUUGGGUUUAGCCAGCAAAGUCAAUAAUACUCACAAAAUAUACAGCUGUGGUUUUGUACUUGCAAAACCUCAGGAAGAGGGCCGAAAUCUGGAUUAUUUGUUGCACAUAUUAGGGAAGCAAAUUCAGGAUAAAUUUGUGUGAUUAAAAGGACUGUCUGGCAGAUGGGCAACUGCUCUUUAGAAGUCCUGUACUUUUAUGUUGACUUCCAUAAAUCCUUACAGUCAAGUUAUUAGUAUUUGGGGCUUACAGCUUCUUUUAGCUGUUUAGCAUUAUGAAAUGGAAAACACAUUUUCUGUGGAUGUUUUCCUUUUCUGUGGCAGUUCUAAAGGGACAGUUGCAUUUAAUUUUGACAAAUCUGACAGAACUGCUAGGCAAAAGAAACUAAGUUUGCUUCCUCGUUUAGUACGUGUCCCCAUCUGCAUGCAUAAAAUUAGCAUUUUAAUAUGCAGAUUAGUAGCAGUGUAUAUAAAUACCCAAUCCACAAACACAAAUGUCUGCUUCAACCCACAAACUAUGGGAUUUUUUUUUCCACUCAAAUGAUUUAAGCCAAAGCUAAGACGCCUAUGAAACACUUGAUACUUUGCAUAUGACAUUUGCAGCUGGAGAGAUGAAAGAUGCCAAACUGCUCUUCUGUUUCCUAUUGUAAACAGGCACACCCCUGGAUGCUUUGCAGAGCAAAGGAACAGAUGAAGGGCUCCACAUUUACCUAAAUAUCUUCGUUUGUUGAACUCCAUUCACUUCUUGUGCCUUUUUUCCAGGUUCUAGGUAUUAAAUGCAACACCAUAUUUGGACAGCUCUAUAUUUAGAAUUUUAUCAUAUUCGAUUUCAUGCAAUGAUACCUUAAUUCCUGCUGGGAGACAGUUAUCGUUCAGUCUCACUGUAGGCCAGAAACUUUCUGCUUUGCCACGGACAUUUCUUGACAACUUAAAGCAACACAGCUGGUCAUGAAAGUCUUAAUACAGCCUUGUUCCUAAGGUGUUGCUCAGUGAAACAGAUGGAUUUUUUUUUUCAGCAUUACUUUUUGCAGAAAAAUCAAAUUCUGAAUAAAGGAGCAAAGGCCUUCAGUGGUUACUGCUAAGCCCCAAAGAUUAAGUGCCAAGCUGUUCUAUUUAAAAUUCAAUGCCUAAAAACCUGUCAGGAUCUAGUUAAAAAACUUGUGUUGAACAUUAACAAAUUUGCAAGAUUAAAACUUCAGAUCUCAACCUAAUCUUGCAAAGCAUCCAAAAACGUGCUUAAUCCAAGUGGACACAUUCACCUCAGUGGCUGGUUUUUUUGCAGCUACAAAAGCAUGUACCCGACUGCCUUCCUGGAUGGGGUGGUAACGAUACUUUCUACUUGCAAAAAGAUUUAAAAAAAAAAUAAUUACAAAUUAAUAAUUUGUUGUUGGAUUUCUGUUUACUGGGUGUUAUCGAAGACAUCACCCUUCCUUAUGGUGCUAUAAUGCUUGGGGUUUUUUUGAAGUUAAUUCUUUUCAAGUUAUUAAUUGUCAAAGUCAGAAGCAAAAGCCACAGACACUUGUCUAACUGCUGUGUUUUCAACACCGACAUCCAACACACGUUGAAACGAAACACAGGCCAAAUGAGUUGUCCUCAGCUUGUCUUCUCUCCAAAGACACUUGGCUUAACAACAGUCUUGUGAAGCGCAGUAGGAAAUCGCUAGUGUAGGAUGUUUCUAAUGUUUCCAUGUACACUUUAAAGCAUGUCUGGUGCUAUAAUAAACUUUAAGUGUAUCACUGUGUGCUAGCCAUGCUCAUGGCCUUCCAGAUCCUCCAGCGCUGCUGGCACUGCCAGGGGAGCACCUCUGCCUUCCAGCAGCCAAGGACCUGUGGCAGCCACCGGCAGACCCUUCCCAGUUUGUGCCCAUGGUGCUUAGAUAUGUGCAGGUUCUGCCACUUCGGUGCUCAAUAAAAAGUGACCAGUAUAUUUUUCAA